AUGUCGAGCAAGCAGCUGGAGGCUUACAACGCCGCUCGUGUCGCCCGGGCCAAGCAGAACAUAGCCAAGAGCAGCAAGGCAUACGAAGAUCGAGAGAAGACUCAUCCGCUCAAGUUCGCCGAUAACAUGUACGAGGUUUUGAUGGCCAAACGCCCACCCACUCUCGACUUCUUCCGUACACUCCCCAAACCCAACAAGAGCAAUCCGGUUUGGGGCGUCUACACAAUCCUUAUGGAGAAGGCCAAUCACCCAGCGAAGCUUUACGUCGGGUCAGGAACCAAUGCCGACCACGGUGUUGUGACUCGGCUACGCGAUUACAAGAGGGAGACACUCCUUCCCCAACUUGUCCUCAAAGCCCUCCAAGAGGGAUACUCUAUCAGCCAUGCCGGGUUGUUGUGCUGGUAUGCGAUGCCCAAGCCUGGCCAAGCCCCUAUUGCACGGCUGAGGGUCAUCACAGUUAAGGCCACGAUGGCCUUCGUGUUCUUCGCCGGCAGACCCUGCAAGAUGGACGUUCUCUGGGACGACAUGCUCCCAUGGACAAGAGACGGGGUUUCUUGGCAACCUCUUUGCACGCACACGGCUUUCUUGCAGAAGCCGCCUGGUGAUUUAGACAUGUCAGAAGAAGAGUUGGAGUCCUACAACACCCAGCGCCGCGAGAGGGCUUUGGUGCAAAUGAAGAUAAACUCGAGGGAGUACGAAGACGGAGAGAAAGCCGUCACUUUCACGACGGACGACUUGUCGACCUCCUACCAGCCCGCCGGAAAAGGCGAUGGCAAGAUCACCGGCAGCAGCAGCAAGAGCGACGCCAGCGACAGGGCGUCUGCCAUCUUGCCGACGAACAAAGACGUUGUCCUUCGCCAGUUGAGGCAGAUGAUGAACGCAAUCGAUUCAGCUCCGACGCAGCAGGAAGCGCAAAGUGCCGCGGAAAAGCUCAAGAACUAUACUCUCUGGCCUCGGACCUUCCGUCACCCCAAUGCGGCAAUCAUCAACGCGGAAUUCCUCCAACAGUUGUCGACCCUGUUGGUCAGCUCUCCAGAGGAUAUGUCAAUCCGCUUCAACCAGCUUGGAGGAGUUCUCUGGGUUCUUGCGCAGAAUUUGCCAAGAGCAGCCAUGCCGACGAGCCAAGACCUCCGAACAGCGAUGUACUUUGUACGCGAAUUGGGCUUCCGAGGAUGGGAGCCGGCUAGCAGCUAUACCCGGUCAGAGUCCCAGUCCCGCACUUCAACCGAAUGGAUGGAGUACGACAACAAUGAGAUUGACAGAAUGCUCGAUACGUUCAAGAGGGUGAUGGCCCAUCUUACUUCCAGGGUGGCAGCUACGAACAAUGGCAAAACAAGGAUGCCGCCCGCGCCAGACUUCAACGUCCUCGGAAAACUAGCAGAUACGAUCGAUUAUGAUCAAGCCGCACUCAUUACGGAGGAAGCCUACUCGCACGUAGUAGCCCUGGUGGGCGACCUUUUCAAUGCUGUCUUUGAAGAGCCUCUCAAAAUGAUGAAGACCAACCACCAGAUUUUCCUUGACGAACAUGCCACCAACGACAACGACCGAGCGAGCGACCGAACGGAUGACAGAAUGAACAGCGCUUUAUUCGUCAACGACGAUAUCUACAACCCCUAG